AUGCUUAAGUUCAAAAAUAAGUUCAAAUUUGGAACGUCGGGUGUCUCAGAAGCUGACGCAUCAUUACUGGCCCCCGAAUCCUUGCACUCCAACUCCCCCAGAAAUUCCACAGACUCAAGAAAGACAAUCUCGAUGACAAAUCUAUCUGAUGGAAUACUGAAGGUCAGUUUGAACGAUUCGACAAACUCCUCAACCUCUUUGAGUCCAAAUAAAUCCAACAGCUCGUCACCCGUUAAGAAUGAAGCAGAGGAGAAGGGAGAAAAGGAAGAUAGAGAAAGCACAAAGAGCGGCUCGGAAGCUGCAACUUCACUUACCGCUGCUUCAUCCGUGGCAUCGACAAAUGCCACCACAACUAGCUCUGCCUCACAAGGCACCACUUCAUCAGCAUCGUCUCCCGGUCUUCUUACCGUGAAGAUCUACAACUCUCAGGGGCUCCAACUUCCAAUCGACAUAAACAACAACAAGCAAAUCUUGCAGGCAUUGGCUAGUAAUGCUAGCAACGAGUUAACCACUCAGCAAUUGUGGAAGAAUCUCUCGUCAUUGCAGACCCAAGAGCAAUCAAAUCCACCUGCCAGAGACAUACUCCCGGGGUCGAUCUCGGCCAACUUCCUUCCUUCAAUCAUUACGAUACCGAAUGGAGACAACUUGGUCAAGUCGUUGAUCUAUUUGACGAUUGAAUUUGAUAAUAACGUCUUGGUGAUUGAACCGCAAAAGGGUACUGUCAACCAGUCUACAUGGAACCAAGUUGUAUCCUUCGAUGUGAGUAGCAAGAACAGCAGUAAGGCUAACGGAGGAGAAGCAGGAGGUGCCGGCACCAGCUCAAACUUUCUUAACCUCAACCUUUUCAUACGGUUACCUUCAAUGUUGAUUCCAGAGAGCGAAAAAUCAGCUAAGGGCCAUCUUUUCACAAACCAGCAAUCAAGAGAGAGCAAGUCGGAUGAUGGGAAGAGAUCUGAGAACAUCGGAGAUCUUUUGAUCGGUACUAUAAAACUCCCACUCAACCUCAACUAUCAUUCGUCUCCAAUCAGAUUGAUGAACCAUGAAUACUUGAAGUUCCGUCAUUUCAACCUCUCUGACAAAGAAAUGGGGGAUAUAAUGCUCACCAUAGAUUUUAAGCCAAUUUUGAAAAAGCACUUAUCAAUUGAGGAUUUUGACUUAUUAAAGGUUAUUGGUAAAGGGCUGUUUGGGAAAGUUAUGCAAGUGAUCAAGAAGGAUACAAAGCAAAUCUACGCUCUCAAGACAUUGAGGAAACAGCAUAUCAUUUCUAGAAUGGAAGUCACGCAUACUUUGGCGGAAAGAACAGUAUUGGCAAGAAUCUCAAACCCAUUUAUUGUACCAUUGAAGUUCUCUUUCCAAAGUCCAGAAAAAUUAUACUUGGUAUUAAGUUUUAUCAAUGGUGGUGAAUUAUUUUGGCAUUUGCAGAAGGAAGGAAAGUUUUCUAUGGAUAGAUCGAGGUUUUACAUCGCAGAGUUAUUGACUGCAUUGGAAAGCUUACAUGACUUGAAUGUGAUUUAUAGAGAUUUAAAGCCUGAGAAUAUCUUGUUGGAUUACCAAGGCCAUAUUGCACUCUGUGAUUUCGGGCUUUGUAAGUUAAAUAUGGCAAACAAUGAUAAGACCAACACUUUCUGUGGUACACCAGAAUAUCUAGCUCCGGAGCUUUUGCUUAACCAGGGUUACACAAGAAGUGUUGAUUGGUGGACUUUGGGUACUUUGUUGUAUGAGAUGCUUACAGGGUUACCACCGUUUUAUGAUGACGAUGUAAACACGAUGUAUGGUAAGAUCUUGAGAAACCCAUUAAGAUUCCCAUCAUUUUUAGAGGGGACCGAUGCACAAGAUUUAUUGGUCAAGUUACUUCAGAAAGAUCCAAAUUUAAGAACGAGUGAUGCCAAAGAAAUCAAGAACCAUAAGUUCUUCUCAAAUAUAGAUUGGAAUAAGCUAUUGAACAAGAGCUAUUUACCUCCGUUCAAGCCCAACGUGGAGAAUUUACUUGAUACGUCUAAUUUUGAUCUGGACUUUACUAAUGAAAAGCCACAGGAUUCGGUUGUUGACGAUUUCUUGAGUGAGAGUGUCCAGAAACAGUUCGGCGGGUGGACGUACAACGGAGACAAUAUAUUGAACUAG